AUGAGUAUAAAUAAAAAUGUAUUGUUCCCAUGUAUGAAAAAGGCAGAAUGCAAUAUCUUUUGUUCAAAUGGAGAUUUGAAAGAAAACUAUAAUCCAUAUGGUUGCAUAGACAUUAUGGAUAAAAUAUCAAUUUUUCAUAUUCCUAAUCCGCAAAACAACCAAAAACCCAAGAAAAUAUUUGUUACUAGGAAAGAAUGUUGUAAAUUACUUGAUAUUUCUAUAGAUGAGUAUUUAUUUAUUAACCAGAAUUUGUGUGGAUUGAAACCAAUAAUUAAAUGCAGCGGAAAGAUCAUUAUUAAAAUGUCUGUCACAAGUGUGAUUAUUGCAUGUAGAGAUGUGUGGAUUUUGAAUCCUGAACAUAUUAAGACAAUAGAGAUUAUUGAAAGGUUGUUAGAGUGUACAGGGUAUAAUAUUUCAGUUGAUAAUAAUACCCCCAGUACUAAAGUUUCAUUUGCAGAUGGCAUCAGCAAAGAAUUCAUUUCUCCUUUAGUAGAAAAUUGCAAUUAUAACUCUACUUUGGAAUGCGUUCGCGUUAAUAAUUUUGAUGAAACAGAUCAUACACUCUCUAAUUCAGCAUUAAGUACAUAUACAGAUGUAAAUACUCUAGAUAACUCUCAGGAUGAUAAAAGACAGGGGUCAAUUGAAUGUUCCAUUUCGAACACCCCACAAGAAAAAAAUAUUGAUAUUUACAAUUAUAGGUUUAUUCCGUCAAUCAACAAAGACUAUUAUUCCCAUUCCUUCGCUGCUAUAUGCAUUGAACUCAUAUUAGAAAUAUUAAAUAAAGAAUUGAUUGAUAAUAUUAAUUAUACAAAAAAUGAAGUAUUAAAAAGUUCUAAUAUAUUAAUAAAAAGUAGUAAAUGGUAUAAGUAUCCUUGGAGGUUUACAUUUAAUGACUUUACUAAUAAGAAAAUGAUAUCUAAGUCAGUAAGCACAUUAGAAAUUAGCAUUUCUAUAUUAAUAGAUUGCCUAACGGAAAUUUUGGAAGAGAUCAAGCAAAAUAGGAACAAUGACGGAAAUAAAUUGGUUAUUUGCAUCGAAGAGUGGGAAGAUAUUCUACAUUGUUAUAUCCCGGCCAUAUACUUGGCAUCCAAAGAAUUAACCGAAGUUAAAUCCUCAAUAACAUUCAGCGACGAAUUAUCGAAGUUGUACCUAGACUUCCAGAGAAAUGAGUAUAUGUAUACAAACCUAAAGAUCUCUUUACUUACGCUAUCAUGUAGCAUUACCUCAGUAAUUACAGGAAUAUUCGGUAUGAACCUUCUUACCGGAAUUGAACACGACCCUAUAGCUUGGUACAUUGUCACAUUCGUUAUAGUUACCCCAAUAUUAUUAUGGGGAGUAAGUUGCUGGUUCACAGGGGCAAUGUGUAAACGCGAAAUAAAUUACAUAAGCCAAAAUCAAAGUGAGGCAUAA